UGAGGUUGGCUUGGGGUGAGUUCCCGCUGCUCGGCCCUGCCCUUGAGUACUCGGCUCCGACGUCUGCGACACACCAUGGCUGUGCUGGCGGCACUUCUGCGCGGCGGCGCCCGCAGCCGCAGCCCCCUUCUUCGGAGCCUGGUGCAGGAAAUAAGGUAUAUGGAGCGAAGUUAUAUGUCAAAACCCACUUUGAAUGAAGUAGUCAUAGUAAGUGCUAUAAGAACACCCAUUGGAUCCUUUCUAGGCAGCCUUUCCUCACUGCCAGCCACCAAACUUGGUUCCAUUGCAAUACAGGAAGCCAUUGAAAAGGCAGGGAUUCCAAAAGAAGAAGUGAAAGAAGCAUACAUGGGUAAUGUUCUACAAGGAGGUGAAGGACAAGCCCCUACAAGGCAAGCAGCGUUGGGUGCAGGCUUACCUAUUUCUACUCCAUGUACCACCAUAAACAAAGUUUGUGCUUCAGGGAUGAAAGCCAUCAUGAUGGCCUCUCAAAAUCUUAUGUGUGGACAUCAGGACGUGAUGGUGGCAGGUGGGAUGGAGAGCAUGUCCAAUGUUCCGUAUGUAAUGAACAGAGGAGCAACACCAUAUGGUGGGGUAAAGCUUGAAGAUUUGAUUGUGAAAGAUGGGCUAACUGAUGUCUACAAUAAAAUUCAUAUGGGCAACUGUGCUGAGAAUACAGCAAAGAAACUGAAUAUUUCACGAGAUGCACAGGAUGCUUAUGCUGUUAAUUCUUACACCAGAAGCAAAGUAGCAUGGGAAACUGGAAAAUUUGGAAAUGAAGUUGUUCCUGUCACAAUUGCAGUAAAAGGUAAACCAGAUGUGGUGGUAAAAGAAGAUGAAGAAUAUAAACGUGUUGAUUUUAGCAAAGUUCCAAAGCUGAAGACAGUUUUCCAAAAAGAAAAUGGCACAGUUACAGCUGCCAAUGCCAGCACACUAAAUGAUGGUGCAGCUGCUGUGGUUCUGAUGACUGCAGAUGCAGCCAAGAGGCUCAACGUUAAGCCACUGGCAAGAAUAGCAGCAUUUGCUGAUGCUGCUGUAGAACCCAUUGAUUUUCCAAUUGCACCUGCAUAUGCUGUACCUAAGGUUCUUAAAGAUGCAGGAUUGAAAAAAGAAGAUAUAACAAUGUGGGAAGUAAACGAAGCCUUUAGUCUGGUCGUACUAGCAAACAUUAAAAUGCUGGAGAUUGAUCCCCAAAAAGUGAAUAUCAAUGGAGGAGCUGUUUCUCUGGGGCAUCCAAUUGGGAUGUCUGGAGCCAGGAUUGUUGUUCAUUUGACUCAUGCCUUGAAGCAAGGACAAUACGGUCUUGCCAGUAUUUGCAAUGGAGGAGGAGGUGCUUCUGCUAUGCUGAUUGAGAAGCUGUAGACACCCUCUGUUUAAGGAGAUAACCCUGUGUGACCUGAUGUAAUGAGUGUGUCUGUGCUGGGUGGUCUUGUACUUUAAAAUAAGCUAUUUCAUUUUUUAAUUAUUUUCUAUUUUAACUUUUUUAAAUAAAAAGGAUUAAAUCCAAAAGCCUUUUGAAAUUAAAAAUAAAUUUUUUUCUUUGCUUUUUUUGGUAAUCUUUAAAAGUUUGAUACUUUUUUACAUUAUGAAUCUAUACUAUUUGAAAUAACUGUGCAAUAUCAGUGACUUACGUAAGUAGCUAGAAGCUUCUAUUUCACAGAAUAAAUAAUUUGUUUUUGAGGAUUGUUAAAGGUCAAGUGAAUGUUAUUUGUAGGCAAUUUAUAUUUAGUAGAUUGUUUAAGAGCUGGCUAUUUUGGACAAACUAGCAGAAACCACAUAGUGUGUACAGUAGUGCUAGAAAUACGAAAGAAGCCCAUGUGCUCAGGUCUGUCUAGUGCGGGGCAAUUUCUCAUAACCUCAGCAUUCAGGAUUGGGGUAUUGGGCAGGAGAGGUCAAACUCAGAAAAGCCUGGGGUUUGGGCUCUGAAUUACUAUAGCAGCACAAAGAGUGGGAAAGAAGGUGGGAACUGAUAAACUGAAUAGAUUUAUAAAAAAGGGAAGAGAUUGCCACUUCUACUAUGCCACAAUGCCUGCUCUUGAGUAGGACAGACCAUAGCAUGAAUAUAGUGAAUUGCAUUUCAUCUGG